AUGGAAGAAGAAAGUAUGAAACUAAAUGAAAAAAAAAUACAUGUACUUGAAACGGAAGAAGUUCAAAAUGAAAAUAAGAAAACAUUUAAUUGGGCUGAGUUUUUAGCUUGUGUGUCUGUGUCAACUACUAACUUACAUACAGGAUUUGCUUUGGGAUUUUCUGCAAUACUUAUCCCACAACUUGAAAUAAACACUGAUGAUAUAGGAAAAUUAAGCAAAUCGCAAUGUUCCUGGAUUGCCAGCAGUAUUUCAAUAGCUGCUCCAUUUGGAUGUCUGUUUAUAGCUUUAGCACUAGACAGAUUUGGCCGUAUAUUCACGUUUAAAUUUUCCUUAUGGCCAUGUUUUAUUGGAUGGAUGUUAAUUGCUCUUGCAUUUGAUCCAAGUAUUAUCAUUAUUGGACGAUUAUUGACUGGAUUUGCAAUGUCUACUGGUACAAACUCUGCCAAUGUGUAUAUGGCAGAAAUAUGUAGUCCAAAACUUCGAGGUUCCAUGAUGUCAAUAGGUUCUGUAAUGUUAUCUUUUGGAAUAUUAUUAACAUAUUGCACUGGGUUAUAUCUACAUUGGCGUACUGUAGCAUGGAUAGCAUUUGUUGGAGCAUUUUUUCCCGUUCUCAUGACAUCAUUUUGGACACCUGAAAGUCCGGUUUGGUUAAUUUAUAAAGGACAAGAUGUUAAAGCUUUAAAGUCUUUAAAAUAUUUUAAAAACUCUAAAUAUAGUGUAGGUGUACAAGAAAGUUUUAAUGAGUUGAAAACUAUCAAAGAAAAAAAAGAUUUAUUAAUUAAUAAAGAUAUUGAAAAUUGUAAUAUAUUUAGGCGUAUUUCCUGGCAUUUAUUUAAGCCAACUGUUUUUAAACCUGCACUUUUUAUGAUAUUUCUCUUUGUUUUACAACAAUUUACUGGAAUUUAUACAUUUCAAUUCCACGCUGUUAAAAUGUUGCAAGAAGUUGCUCAAGGUAUCGACAUCAAAUAUGCUACUUUACUAUUUGGGUUGUUUCGGUUCUUAUUAAGUUUUGUGGCAACUGGAGUGUUACAUAAUUAUGGUAGACGUCCACUGUGUAUGAUAAGCGGUAUUAUCAUGGGAAUUUCCUUGUUUAUUUCUGGAUUAUGUUUUUAUUCAAGAACUAAAGGCGAUGAAAGUAUUAUUAUCACAUGGGUAUCAUUAUUGUGUAUGUUACUAUACAUUUCGGCUGGCUCUGUGGGUAUAAUGCUGAUUCCCUGGAUAUUGCCUAGUGAAAUGUUUCCAACUGAAGUUAAGGGAUUACUUGUUGGACCAAUAAUGGCUUGGUGUAAUGCAGUCAUGUUUGUAGCAGUACAUUUUUAUGAAGAUCUUAAAGGAAUACUGGGCGGUAUGCUGGGCAUUUUGUGGUUCUAUAGUUUCAUAUCAAUACUAACAGCGUUUUUUGUAUGGCUGUUUAUUCCUGAAACACAUAAAAUGAAAUUAUCUGAAAUAGAAGAUUAUUUUAAAGAUAAUACUAUUUAUUUACUAAAAAAAAAAAAGACUGUAAAAGAUCAACAAUUGUAA